GUUAUAUCCGGCAAAACCGGAAGUAAGAAUAACCUCUACCCUUUAUGCUUUGCGCUACCCCUUGGCUACCCACGUCACAUUCACUGUUUUGAGUUGUUGGUGUUCGAGAAUGGCGUGUGUUGGGUGGAUGGUUGGCUAAUUGCACGACAUUUACUCCCUUCAUCUUCUCAUAGAAUAGAUUUGUACGCCAUGGCUAGCGGUAGCAGUAGUAGUGCAAGGUCUGAGUUCAUAGUUGGAGGCAAAUACCGCCUUAUUCGCAAGAUUGGAAGCGGUUCUUUUGGCGACAUUUACUUAGCAGUAACCUCGAAUAACGCAGAGGAAGUGGCAGUGAAGCUCGAGUCCCAAAAAGCCCGUCACCCACAGCUUCUUUACGAGUCAAAGCUCUACAAAAUCCUUCAAGGUGGCGUGGGAAUCCCUAUCGUUCGAUGGUAUGGCCAAGAAAAAGACUACAAUGUCCUGGUUAUGGAUCUUCUUGGGCCGAGUUUGGAGGAUCUAUUCAACUUCUGUUCGCGUCGCUUCACAAUGAAAACAGUUCUCAUGCUUGCGGACCAAAUGAUAAGUCGGGUCGAAUACGUGCACAACAAGAACUUUAUUCAUCGAGAUAUCAAGCCUGAUAAUUUCUUGAUGGGUGUUGGCAGACACUGCAACAAGUUGUACUUGAUUGAUUUUGGUUUAGCAAAGAAGUAUCGAGAUACAAGAACGAAACUUCACAUACCAUAUCGCGAAGACAAAAACCUGACGGGCACGGCUCGCUAUGCCAGCAUCAAUGCCCACCUUGGCAUUGAACAAUCACGAAGAGAUGACAUGGAGUCGCUUGGCUAUGUCCUUAUGUACUUCAAUCGAAGCAGCCUGCCGUGGCAGGGCUUAAAGGCGGCGACGAAGAAGCAGAAAUAUGAGAAAAUUAGCGAGAAAAAGAUGUCUACCCCGGUGGAAGUCCUUUGCAAAGGUUUCCCAGCCGAGUUCGCGAUGUACCUCAACUACUGCCGCGGACUUCGCUUUGAAGAAAACCCCGACUACAUGUACCUCCGGCAGUUGUUCAGGAUUUUAUUUCGCACUUUGAACUACCAGUACGAUUACAUUUUCGACUGGACAAUGUUGAAACAGAAAGCUGCGCAAGCGACGGCGGCGACCACGACAACAACGGGUGGAGUACCCUUCACUGCAACGAAAAAAACCGACCACCCCCACGCCGCCUGCCACCAUUCUAAAACCAAAGGCAACGUCUACGAUGGUUUAUACGAGUAUUAACUCAAACUGUAAACGCUUUGGUGGCAGAAAUUGCCGAGUACGCAGCUUCAAGCGAAGGAAUCGCUGAUUCAUGUAAUCUUUCGUGUCGAAAGAACGCAAUAACACCGCGUGAUUACUAA